AUGCAGUGGUGUCUCCUCCUGAUCUGGGCCCAGGGGUUGAGGCAGGCUCCCCUCCUGGCUUCAGGAGCUGUGGUAACCUUGGGGAACAUUUCUGCAGAGGAAGGUGGCUCUGUCACCUUACAAUGCCACCUCUCCUCCACCACCACCAUGGUGACUCAGGUCGACUGGGAGCACCAGCACCAAUAUCUGGCCACUCAUAAUGCUGAGCUGGGGUGGUACAUAACCCCAGCCUUCAGGGAGCGAGUGGUCCCUGGGCCUCACCUGGGCCUCACACUCCAGUCGCUGACCAGGAACGACACAGGGGAGUACUCCUGCGUCUAUCACACCUUCCCUGAAGGCAUUUACAGAGGGAGACUCUUUCUGGAGGUCCUACAAAGCUCAGGGGCAGAGCACAGUGCUGGGUUCAAGAUCCUAUUGCUUGGAAUCAUAUUGCUGGUGGUCAUCUGCUCAGUGGUCACAGUGGUGGUCGCAUUGACCAGAAAGAAAAAGUUUCUCAGAAUCCGCUCUGCAGACAGCAGCCUGGGGAGAGUGCCGCCUGCGCCCGAGGAACGGAGGCCCAGCGUUGCGUCGUCCCCUGGAAGCCCUGUCCCUGCGGAGGCUGCGCCUGGGGGCCUCUGCACAGAGCAGGGGGCAGAGGACAAUGCUGAGCCACACGACUACUUCAACGUCCUGAGUUACAGAAGCCUCGCGGACAUCAGCUUCCUGGCAGAGACUGGUUAGCGGUCGGAGGCACCUUCCGUGAGACAC